CGAUCAUCCAUCGCGUCGCAUUUGCAGCCCUUACUUGAUCCCACAACCAGAGUACUUUCUGCUACACACUUCUGCUACACGACAGUACCAUUCUUAUCGCGAAUCCUCAAAUCUCAUCACCUCUCCUCGCAGACACCACAACCGUCCGGCAACAAUGUCAGAACCAAUCCCCGAAUCAAUACCAACGUCGGCCGACCCUCGCUCCCGUCGACCUGUCAAACGAGCCCGCGGCACCAACACGGCACUCGCCGCGCAAGCCCACGAGGUCGAGACACUCUUCCUCGAUCCAGAGCGACCGGUACACAUCCCUGCGGUGUCGAGCGAAACAAAACGUGCAGUCGCCGCUCCACCAGAAAUUGUGGCUAAUGUCCAAGGUUCUUCUGCCGGCGCUGGCUCAGGCGAGUUUCACGUGUACAAAGCGAGUCGGCGGCGCGAGUACGAACGUCUGCGGGUGAUGGACGAAGAGGCCAAGAAGGAAGAGGAGGACGAGGCGUGGGCGAAGCAGGAACGAGAACGACGCGAAAAGGACGAGGAGAAGACCAGAAGGAACCGCGAGAAGAGGAUGAAGAAGAAGGGAAAGAAGGGAAAUGGGGGAGCCGAAGACAAAGGCAAAGACGGGACGAGUAACAAACAGGGUGGAAGCGUCGACGGAGAUCAGACGACGAAUGGUGUCAAGAGAAAAGUUGGUGGUGGUGGUGGUGGACUGCAGAUACCGAGAAGAGGGAGUCGGGACGAUGACCAGGGAAGUGACUUUGGAGUCGCGGAGUUGGCCAAAGAAGUCGGCAUCACCAUUCAUGACGACGACUGACGAGCGAACGAGGGGGCUCCGAGACCUGCAACGAUUUUCUCCACUGUACAACAUGCACAUUCAACGCAGUACUUCAAACAUCACACUGUAUCAUCAUCAAUCGAGCCACCAAAUACUGUACACCAACAAGAGAUACCCAAUGAUCACGCUCAAAUCGAGACACAUAUCCUUCCUUUC